AUGACUGAGAAAGAGGAACAAACUGAGCUUAUCGAGCAGACUGAGAACGAUGCCAAAGUUGUUGUUGAAGAUGAAAAAGAAGAAGUCGUCGUUGCUGUAGUAGAGUCACGAGGCAAAGCUUAUGAUUACUACUGGCAGUAUGGCCGAGCCCACGCUUGCGAGUUUGUGACCGCGAUGAUUCUCGUCUUCAACGUCACCUCCGUCUUUGGCUAUGCCAGCUCCGACGAUGUUCUCCCACUUGUGCCUGGUCUUGUCGCUGGAUUCUCAAUCUUUGCCCUCCUUCAAAUGUUCCACUACGUUUCCGUCGCCCAUGUCUCGCCUACUGUCACCUUCGGUUUCGCGAUCACUGGCAAUUUCGACUGGCGAUUGGUUCCAUCCUACGUCCUCUGCCAGCUCCUUGGAGCUAUGACUGGAGCCGCUCUUGUUAAGUAUUCCGCUGGCCAGGGCGAAGUCCUUGGAGCCGUCGUUCUCGCUGACUUGACAAAAGCCCAGGUCGUUGGACUUUUUAUUGCUGAGAUGCAGACUUCCUUCAUCCUCCAGCUCGCCACUAACUUGGUCGUUGGAAACAAGAAAUGGGAUAACCCCAACGGAGCCUUCAUGAUCGGCAUGUGCGUCUUCACCGGAAUCAUGGCUGGACAUCACUGCGGAGCUGGACAAAUGCACCCAGCCAAAGUCCUCGCCACUGCCAUUCUUACCGGACAAUAUGCUUACGUGUGGGUCUUCUGGGUUGCCAGCGCUGCCGCCGCCGUCCAAACCUACCUCAUCUUUGGAACCUUUUUCGCCGAGAAAGAAAACCUUCUUUGCAAGCACCUAAAGGCAGUGUUCGAAUUCAUCCUCAUAAAAUGCGGUGUCAAGCCUCAUUACGACUAG